AUGACUCCUGAAAACUGCACUGUGUUUGCUGACUUCAUAUUCUUAGGACUUUUCGGUAGACAAGAUGUGCAGCAGGGGCUCUUCGUGCUCUUCCUGCUGGUUUACGGCAUAACUGUGGUUACCAGUGUCGGGAUGGUCCUGCCGAUCAAGAGGGACCCCAGACGGCACACCCCCAUGUAUUACUUCCUGAGCAAUCUGUCCCUCUGCGACAUCUGCUGUUCUUCUACUGUCUCUCCCAAGACGCUGGCUGAUUUCUUAUCUGAGCAAAAAAGGAUUCCAUAUGAUGUAUGCACCAUCCAGGUGUACUUUUUGGGAGCCUUUGCAGAUGCGGCAUGUCUUAUGUUGGCUGUUACUUCUUAUGACCGUUAUGUGGCCAUUUGCAAUCCACUUCUUUAUACAACUGUCAUGUUCAGGGGAAUCUGUACCCAGCUUGUGGUUAUUGCCUACGUCGUAGGCUUGGUUGAUUCAGCAAUCCACACCUGUUGUACAUUUCGGUUGUCAUUCUGCAAUUCCAAUAUCAUCAAUCACUUUUUCUGUGACAUCCCACACUUACUAGCCCUCUCCUACUCAGAUACACCCAUCAAUGAGAUUGUGAUGCUCACUUUUAUUGGCUGUGUUGUGGGGACCAGCAUUAUCACUGUCCUCCUUUCCUACAGUUAUAUCACAACAACCAUCCUUAGGAUGAACUCAACAGAGGGGAGACACAAAGCUUUCUCUGUGUGUGCCUCCCACUUACCCGCUGUGGCUGUAUUUCAUGGCAUGCUCCUGUUCAUGUAUUUCAGACCCAGCUCCAGUUACUCCAUGGACACAGACAAAAUGGCCUCUGUCUUUUACACAGUUGUCAUCCCCAUGUUAAAGGUGCCCGAAAAAAAGCAAUCAGCACUGAAUUAUGUUCUGGGUGAUACAGUACUUUCAUCCUAA